UAAAGCAGUUUGUGAAAGAUUUUGGUUCGAUUUAUGGUCUUGAAUUUGUUGGUUAUAAUGUACAUAAUUUAAUACACCUAGCUGAAGAUGCGCGAAAGUUCGGACCUUUGGACAGUAUUUCCUGCUUCCCAUUUGAAACCUUCCUGGGUAAACUGAAAAAGAUUGUGCGGAGGCCUCAUAAACCUGUGGAACAAAUUGUCAAGCGCGUCUAUGAGACGCAAAGUAUUCAGAAGAAAAGAAAAGAGAGGAUGUCUGUUCCCUCUCCUCUUAAACAGCCUCAUAACUCUGGACCAAUAACAAGUGAUCUUGGAACUUUUAAGCAGUACAGAAAAUACUCUGAUGGACAGACAUAUGUUUCUUGCUCCAUGGGAGAUAACUGUUUCAAUGUAGGGGGAAAAAUUCUUAUUGUGGCAAACAUUUUACAGGAUUGCCAAGUUGUCAAAGCACUGUGUCAGGUCUUUGAAAACUGUAAUGCCUUUUUCAGCUAUCCAUUGGACUUAACAUGCCUUGGAAUUUACUUUGUUUCAAAUCUGUCUAAACAAAUGCAUCUUGUAUUACUUGAUGAAUUAAAACAGAAAAUGGUGCUUUUGCCACUGAAGUCUGGAUAUGUGGCAUUGCCACUGCUGUACUAGUUGGCUUCUUUUUGCUUUCUCCCCAGCAUGCUACCAUUUGCAGUUGUUGAUUUUCUGGAUGGUGGAGGUGUAUCCAUAAUUCCUUGCGUGGUUUACAGGACCAGCGGAAGAUUCUUGUUUCUGGCCACCAGGGAGAGUCAAUAUCAAUAAGGCCUGUAAAGGAUGGAUUUACUCCAGAUGCAAACUGGUCACAGUACAGAGUUCGCAUCUUGGGGAAAGCUGAAAACUAUGAAAAUGCCAGGGUGAAACUGCGGAGGUCUGAAACAACCUCUGAUCUGCAGACUGAGUCGGAUUCUGGAAGCAGAUUGGGAAAAAGGAAGUGGAAAAGGAUGCCAGUGAUCCAGUCAAGCUCGGAUGAGGAUUGGGACAACGCUGCGGAACAGCCAGAGACCUCAUCACCAUCAGCAAUGGAGAAUAGACAUUCAAGUGAAACUCCCCACCUGAACAUCACUCAUCCAUUUGUUCAGCUACCACCACCCUCAACUCCUUCACCUGUGGUUUCACAACCAGUUCCAAGACAACUUGUACAAGCCACCAAGGACACUCAGAGGAUCCACAGUCGAAUGCUACAGUCUCUCCUCAAACAACGUGAUGGACCAGUUGCUGCAGUAUUACCCGAGGGUGCUGUUUUUCCUCUCCGGACAGUCGCAGACAUGGAAGCACUGGAGCAAAAACUGAUAGACCCCGUCUUCCUGAAAGAAGUGGUUGCUGUUGUGGCAGAGAUCGGAGGGAGCACUGUUGAUGAAGCCACCAGAAAAAUGAUGGCCUUCAUUAUGGACAAUGCUCUUUCCAGACAAUAUAACUUCGUUGGGCGCCAUGGAAAGCGGGAAUUUCGAGGGCUUAAAAUUUUUGAAGUGCUAUAUGGUGCGUUCGCCUACCCUGCAGUGACACCGCCGACCACGCCUCGCCACACCGAUACUUUCAUCGUGCAGCCGGGGUGA